AUGGAAAGAUAUUUAUCUGAUGAAACUAACUUAUUUAGUUAUGCUAAUAAAUUGAAAGAAUUUGAAAGGAAAGAUUUUCAUUGGUUUAGUGUUUUAGAUGGAACAGAAAUAGAGCCAGAAACUCAUCAGGAUAUUGAAAAUUUAAGAGAAGAUGACUGUUAUAAAAGACAAUUAGAUAGUGAGGGUGUCCAAAGAAGAAAUGAACUAUUUGAUAAGAUGAGAAAUUAA